AUGUUUUGGGCUGCAUUACUCUUAUUAUCGGGUGCCGUUGCAACGCGUCAUGACUCGGAUUUGAUGUCUUUUGUGACGCUUCCCGAAGUCCGAGCCUUAAAAUGGGAAAUCGAAUACUACGAUCGUGAGCGGUUGGCCCCCGGAUACUGGUUCGUCGCGCCAUAUGGGCAAAUUACCCCAGAGAAACCCACCAUGAAAUAUCAACAAUACCAAGUCGGACCCUACAUUUACGACGACAGCGGCGUCCUUAUCUGGGCUGGAGCACCCUUGUAUGACAACCAGAAUGUCUUCGAUUUCAAGCCAGUACACAACAUCGGUGACGACCCUUAUCUGUCAUUCAUUGUGGGAUGGGAAUACGACGAGUCCAAGAAGGGCCACGGCGCGAUUGUGAAUAAUCAUUACGAGGUGGAAAAAGAGGUCCAGGCCCUCAAUGAUGUCCAUGAUUUCAACAUGCACGAGUUCAACAUUAUGGACGGUGGAAAGACUGCAUUGGCUUGCACAUAUCGUUCCCAACUCGUCAGCCUGGCUGAUUUCGGACGUCCAACGGAAGAGAGUUGGGUCACGGUUGGUGGGUUUGUCGAGGUGGAUAUCGAAACCAGCAAGGUUCUGGUCCAGUGGGAUUCAAUCGACAAUGUUGCUCUGCACGAAUCGAACGUGUUCCACGAGUCAGAUGCCCCAGCUGGGGCGCCCGGUUGGGAUUACGUGCAUAUCAAUGCAGUCGACAAGAACAAGGCUGGUGACUACCUAAUCUCAAUGCGAUUCACCAAUACCAUUUACUUGAUUUCUGGCCAGGAUGGAAACAUCGUGUGGCGCUUAGGUGGACCAAAAAGCGACUUCAAGCAGGACUUCACCUUCUCCAAGCAACACGAUGUCAAGUUUGUCUCGUCAGACGGCACUCGCCACGUUAUCUCGUUUCUGAACAAUGCCUCCGAUGAAGGUGGCCAAGACGAGAAGAUCUCCUCCGUUUUAUUCAUUGAGCUCGACACAAGUGUGGUCCCUAUGACCGCCAAGGUGAUUAAGCGAAUUAAUCGCCCCGAUAGUGGUCUCACUCGGCUCCGUGGUAGCGCUCGCGCGCUUCCUAACGGCAAUGUCUUUAUCGGAUGGAGCGAGCGCGGCUACUCGAGCGAGCAUGCAUCGAACGGCGACCUUCUAAUGACCGCCCGGUUUGCAUCCGAUCGGUACUCAACCUACCGCUCUUACAAGGGCGAGUUCAUUGGUCGUCCCACUGCGCCUCCGGACUUAGUCGCAUCCGUAUACGGCACCAACGAUGAGGAUAUGACGACCAUCAUCCACGUCAGCUGGAACGGCGCGACCGAUGUCGUCCAGUGGAAGUUCUACGCACAGGCCCAGGACCACGGCCAAUCCGUGCUCAUUGGCACCGUCAACAAAACCGAUUUUGAGACCAUGUUCAUCGCUGACGGCUAUAUGGACUUUGUUUCGGCGCAGGCCAUCGAUGCCGCGGGCAGUGUCAUGCACACUUCUAAAAUCAUGCGCACUGGCACCCCACCCGACUGGAAAGCCGCCGGCUGGAGCGGUUCUAGCUCUGGCCCUACUCCUGAUGACCCCUCCAUCAUCGUCGCAGCCAACAACAAUGCCAAUUCGAUGUCUUCGAAUGAGAGCGGCGGCGGCGGCAAAGGGGCCGAAGUGAUCAACAAUGGUUCCUCUACUGGCUCCGGCCGCCAAACUGCCCAAUACGCGGAUGCAAAGGAGGUCGCGAAGCAGGUCGCCAAGGCCUAUGAGAUCGUCCGUGCAAUCGGCAGUCUCCUCAUCUUCCUCCUUUUAGCUGUCACUCUGUGCGGAGGUGGAUUUGCCUUCUGGCGACUCAUGCGCACCCGCCGUGGCCGCUAUCAGCACGUUCCCACCGAGGAGGGUUUGCCUGUGGAAGAAAUCCACCUUGUCUCCAACCGGCGCCCUUGA